AUGCUCGGCAAAAUCUCCCUCGAAGAAGCCUACGAAAUUCCCUCCAAGGCCGACCAAAGCCGCGACCAAGCCGCCCUAUACAUCGCACCCCCCGAUCUCGACCGCUACCUGCGCCAGAUCAAGUCGCUGACCGACGAGCGACUCCGCGUCUCAGACGCCCACGGCAUCGGGUACACCAUCGUCUCGCUCACGGUGCCCGGAAUCCAAGGGAUCACAGACCCGCAGACCGCCGAACACCACGCCACAGAAGUGAACAACUACGUGGCCCACGAGAUCCGCGCCCAUCGGCACAAACUCGGUGCCUUCGCCGCGCUCUCCAUGCAUAAUCCCCAACAAGCCGCGCAGGAACUGCGCCGCUGCGUCCAGGACCUCGGCUUCCACGGCGCCCUGCUCAAUGACGUCCAACACGCCGGGCCUGACGGCGAAACGUACCUCUUCUACGACCAGCCGGAGUACGAUGCUUUCUGGAAAGUCGCUGUCGAGCUAGACGUCCCUGUGUACAUCCACCCAGCAGCACCGCAGGGCCAGUACUACCGACAGCAAUACGCGGGACGGAAGUACCUGGUCGGACCACCGCUGAGCUUCGCCAAUGGCGUCUCCCUGCACUUACUAGGCCUGAUCACAAACGGGGUGUUUGACCGCUUCCCCAAUCUAAAGAUCAUCGUUGGCCAUCUGGGCGAGCACAUCCCGUUCGACUUCUGGCGCAUCAACCACUGGCUGGAGGACGUGGAGCGGCCGCUGGCACAGAAGGCCGGCGACCCGAUGAGCCAGCGCGACAUCUACUACUACUUCAAGAAGAAUAUCUGGGUGACGACGAGCGGGCACUUCUCGACGCCGACGCUGAAGUACGUGUGUGAUUAUCUGGGGCCGGAGCGGAUCUUGUUCAGUGUGGAUUAUCCGUACGAGACGAUUGAGAAUGGGUGUGGCUGGUGGGAUGGGGAGAGGGAGGCGAUUCAGAAGGCGUUGGGAGGCAAGGAGGCGUAUCGGUUGGUGGGGAGAGACAAUUCGAAGAGGUUGUUUCGGUUGAAUGGGUUUCAGGAUGAGAAUGCGCCGGUGGAGUAG